GGAUGAUGUUCUCAUGUUCACUCGGGAGAUGAACGCGUGUGCAGAGUUUAAACGAUUUAGUGCCGCCGUGCCGCGGGUUAGGACUGUGCAAUUAAAAGAUCGGGAUAAUUACAGGACAAACAGCUAAAUCAUGGAUUAUGGUUCUUGGAGUCGCAGCUGUAGCGUACAGCAUGCCGAGUAACUCCCAAGGUAAAAACUUGAUCACAGGCGUCUUCAUCCCAUCUGAUGCCUUCCAAGACCUGCAGGACCGAGCCAACGCCAACUCUCCACAACAGGUUGUUCAAAGUCAGCCCAGCUACCAACCGAUUGCUUCGAACCAGCCACAGUACCAGCCCGUGAACACAAACCAACCGAGCUACCAACCUGUCACCUCCAACCAGCCGCAGUACCAGCCAGUCAACACGAACCAACCUGCCUACCAGCCAGUCAACACGAACCAACCACAAUACCAAUCGUACCCGGUUCAGAACCAACCAACAGUGCUGACUAACCAGCCUACUCAAGUCCAACAACCAACAAACAGUCAGCCAUUGUUGGUCCAGGAACGAAUGGGCAACGAUGCACCAGUUUUGACCAACCAGCCUUUGAGUAACAGCCAACCAUUAAACGUGCAACCUGUAAUCUCCAACCAACCUAAUGUGGUGUACACCCAAGAGCCAUUAUCGGCAAACAGUGACUCGAACCAACCGAUUAUGGUGAUGACUAAUCAACCAAACGGACAAGGCAAUCCGUCCAUAUUGUUCGUUCAACAACCAUCGGCCGCUUCCAAUGCACCAAUUUACGUUCAGCAGCAACCGAACCAACAACCUGCUCAAGUGAUCUUCGCCAGCAAUCCUUCGAAUGGGAACCAGCUACAAGGAACUGGCUCCGCAGUGUACACUCUGAUACCUCUGAAUACACAGAACGCUGUAAACAGUAAUCCGGGAGGCUCUUACCUAAUCCCUGUACAGCCGAGCAAUUCCAACCCGAUCAUAUUGAGCACAGGAAACUAGGAAUGUUAUAGUCGUUUUAUUAUCGUAGGUAAUAUUUAUUUGCAAUAAAUAGCUAAUUUAAUUAAUUGUGAA